AUGCCUACGAAAUAUGUUCGCAAGAGCAACCGGAAGUCGUGGACCAACCAGCAGUUGGAUCAGGCUGUAAAAGCAGUGAAAAAGUUGGAAGGUGAAAAGAAAGGGAAGAAAGGAGGCAAAGUCAAGGGAAAGGCAAAGUCCCGUUCGAGCCGCGCUGGAUUGCAGUUUCCAGUCGGUCGUAUUCACCGUCUACUCCGAAAGGGCAACUAUGCCGAGCGUGUUGGAGCCGGUGCUCCCGUCUACCUGGCUGCCGUGAUGGAGUAUCUGGCCGCUGAAGUUCUCGAGUUGGCAGGAAAUGCCGCUCGUGACAACAAGAAAACCCGAAUUAUCCCACGUCACCUGCAGUUGGCCAUCCGCAACGACGAAGAGCUGAACAAACUUCUUUCCGGAGUGACCAUCGCUCAGGGUGGUGUCCUGCCAAACAUCCAGGCGGUCCUGUUGCCCAAGAAGACCGAAAAGAAGGCCUAA